AUGGAUCCUCCCUACGGUGCUUAUAAUCGAAUUCGGCUGUUCCUCGCAGACCUGAAUCUUGUUCUUGGUUGCUUACCGGCCCCAACACCCUACAGACCUGUGGCUCUCAACUCGUUCGUGUCGCCGCAAAACCCGCAUCGGUCUAGCUUAGAUUUCCAUUCACAUCUGUCAGGGAAACAGCCGACCCAUCGCUCGCAAGCAUGGAAGAAUACUCACUCAAGACUUGGUCGCAAACAGACAAGAAAAGCUGGAACCGCUUCAAAAUCAUAUCCUGUUGACUUUCCUUCGAUUCAACGGUCGGCACAUGUCUAUAGUCGUCACAAGCAUCAGGGGCCCCAAGAAUCCUCUCAGCGAUCCUGUCAAAGUUUUUCAACUAAUUGGCAUCAGCCUUCCAAAUCCUGUCGCAAACACAAUGUGCAGUAUGUUGAGCCCCCCUACAAACAAGAUCCUCAAUCGGUGGAAGACUUGCAGGGUGAACCUUAUACUACUGAGUGUUUAGAUCAAGAAGAACCCUCAGCUACCGAUUACCCAAACGAUUCAGCAGAAGAUCACUCAUCAUUGAAGUUUCAACCACCCUGUGGCGAGAUGUUUGAAGACGAGCAGAUCAAUUUUCGGUCCGAUAAAUCAAUAGGUGACACACAUGAACUAGACGAAAACAAAUGGGUCGACCGGUCUGAUCUAGACAUCAAUGCGGAUCCAGAUUACUUAGAACAACAACCCGAGCCAGCUUUUGACUUAAAAAACUAUAGCGCUGAAGAUGUCGACAACUGGGCCAGCACCCUGUCAGCAGAAGAAUUUGAGCACCUUCGCAUCAUGGGACCCAAUGCUAGAACUGAAUCUUUCCGACAGUAUGCUAUCUCUAAUCUUGAUCGACCGACUCAGACGCUUAGCUCAUCAACUCAUGAACACCUUGACCAACCAGUUCUUCCAUCUAUUGGCGACAAAGACAACAGUGAUUACCACCACCACCAGCCUGAUGACAUCGGCAGCAACAAUUUUGACCAACAGCAGCUUGCAACUCCAGAUGAUGAGUCAAGAUCUAUGUUCUACAAUCACUCGGACGACUGCAACUCUCAUCUAGAGGCUUUUGAUGACAAUGGUUUUGAUGAAGGAUUUGUCGAUGGCAGUUUUGAUGACGGCAGAGUUGACAAUGGCGGUUUUGAUGAUGGUGGAUUUGACGAUGGCAGCUUUGACGAUGGUAGCUUUGACGAUGGCGGCUUUGACGAUGGCGGCUUUGAUGGUGGUCUUGAUGAUGGCUAUGGUUCCCCUUAUUAUUAG